GAGAGAGAGAGAGAGAGAGAGAGGGAGGGAGAGGCCGAGUCGGGUGCGGUGUCGAGCUACGUCGCUCGCAAAGUUCACUCCUCCUCAUUACAGGAGCUCCUCGCGUGGGUCCACUGACCAAAACACCUGUGCAAGCAUGGAAGAAGAGCCCCCCCGCGCGGACGCGUCCCAUCCCGAGACCAGCAGCGUGACGGGCAGCACCCACACCGUCCCGGAGCCCGAAGCCGGGCCCGAGAACGCCGAGCUGCUCAUCCCGAGCUUCAGCCCGUCGCCCGCCCAGUCCUCCAACACCCUGGCCCGGCUAGGUUUGAAGAGUCCCACCAGCCCCACGGCCGGCGGCGCCGCCCCGGGAAGCCCGGUGGACCGCGGCCAGGUGAGCGCCAUCACGGUGGUGGCCCUGCUGGACAAGCUGGUCAACAUGAUGGAGGCGGUGCAGGACAACCAACAACGCAUGGAGCAGAAGCAGGCCGACCUGGAGGGCGCCGUGCGGCUGGUGCAGGGCGACGUCAGCCGCCUGUCCAAGACGCACGUGGGCACCUCCAACAGCGUGUGCAAGCUGCUGGAGCGCUCGCGCAAAGUCAGCGGCCACCUGAAGGAGGUGCGCGAGCGCUUGGACAAGCAGGCCGUGCAAGUGAAGAAGCUGGAGGCCAACCACAGCCACCUGCUCAAGAGGAACCACUUCAAAGUCCUCAUCUUCCAGGAAGACAAUGAGAUACCUUCCAGCGUGUUGGUCAAAGAUUCACUCAAGACUCCACAACCCAGCCUUUAUGGCGCAGAGUCCACUCAGCCCAGCAGGUCUAACGCCGGCUCCGUCGACGGUCUCCAGUCCGUCGACCUUUCCUCGGACGAGGAUCAGUCGCUCGGCAGGGCGGAGAGCGGAUUUCUGGAGUGCGAGGCUGCCGGAGGAAGUUCCAGUGGGUUUGAGCGAAGGUCUGACAAGUUCAAGCGCUCCAGUCUGAAGAAAGUGGACAGCAUCAAGAAGAGCAUCGAAAAGAAGAUGGCGCAGAUCACCACUAAGAUCGUGCCACCGGAAAAGCGCGAGAAGAUCAUAAAGACCCUCAGUCCCACCCACCCCAGGAGCCCCUCCGCUAAAAGCUCCACAUUCAAGGUGUCUCCCAUGACCUUCAACGUCAAGAAAAACAGAGAUGGCGAGCUUCCUUCGCAAGACCUGGAAGAGGCCCACGUGGAGAUGGCUCCGCUGGAAUGCUUAUCCGGAGAGAUGGAGUUGGACCAGGAAGCUCCACAGAAAAGUCAAGAAUUGCUGAGUCAGUCCGCCGCAGGUGGCGUAAAGGCGGAGCUGACCGUCAACGGCGACACACAGAAAGUCCAAUGUGAAAUAAACGGCAAUCGUUCGGCCGGUCUCGCCGUCGCCGAGCGUGACGACGACGUCGGCGAGGAUAAAGAAGAGGAGGAGGAUGAAGAAGAGGAGGAAGCCCGCAAAAGUGAAGAGAAGCGGUCCCUGGCAGCGGCGACAGAAACAGUUGCUGUGAAGCAAAUGUCCUAAUUUGUGAAUUGUGACUUAGGUGGAGGUUUAACAUCGUACAAGAAGAUAUAGAAGAAGCUCGGAUGAGCUUGCAAAUUCUUCUUGUCAUUUCUAUUGCGGUGAAUGCGGCUGGCUCAUUAGUUCUGUCUGCCAGAAGACAACCCAAUUGGCAUCGCAAUCAUGGAGUUGACCAUAGACAGAAAUUUCAAUAUUGAACAGGUUGGAUCAGAAUCUAGCUCCACAUCUGCCCGGUUUGUUUGUAAUGUUCAGAUGCAGUAGCAGCGCAUCUCCUAGGCACCGGUCCAGGUAUCGCCCUCUUCUGUCACUCUUUGGAAAAACAGCCUUUGUUCCGCCCUCUCUUUUUCCCAAUCUGAAAACAAGUAAAUCUUUGGCAACAAAACAUCUGCGGUAGUUGUAUGUUGCCAGGUUAUACAAGAGGAGGAAUGGGGAUCCAUGGGGUGCUCUUCAAGGCUGUCAGUGCGCUUUUCCAGGGAACAUGUGCCCAAUUUGCCACGACUGUGUCCAUGCAGUAGCGGUAGCUCAUCUAGUACAGCAACUUAACAUUGCGUCAAAUGUGUAAUCACACACUGACACUUAAGCAUGAAAAUAGAGUACUGACAAAAACAAUGGUGUCAAACACAAGGCCCGGGGGCUAGAUAUGGCCCCCCACAUCAUUUGAUGCGGCCCUCAAAGGCAUAUUUUGCAUCAACUUUGUGUCAUUACUAAAAAUGACAAAUUGUCUUCCCUUUUUAAAACUCGAGAUUUGGCUAGCAUUCAACUUUGAAACGUUUUGUAUAAGACGUUGACAGUCAUAAUGGCCCUCCGAGGGAAACUGACAACAAUGCGUGGCCCGUGACAAAAAUGUGUUUGACGCCCCUAGGCUAUAUCUAUCGAGCAAUGAUUUGCUACUGGGAAGAUUCAAAUGUUUAGUCAUUGCUUUUCAACCUUGAUACUGGCUGCCUCUCCUGCGGUGACAUGCUACAGCAUAAUCCUGCAGCAUCUGCAACAUGCACAAGCGGGUAUGAGGAAUUGCACUCCUGAAGGAAUGGAUUCCUGUGAUUCGGGGAGAUAAGAACAAUGGUAAAACAUGGCCGCCGACCGCUUCAUUUUCAAAAACAUUUGUAGUAUCGUAAACACAAGCACAUUCCUUUUAGUCUUACUCGAGCUCCCGUGUAAGUUUCUUCAUGAAAAGAGGGGACGGGUGGAAAUGUGACGUGGUGUAGAAGAUGUUGUGAAGUCACACAACAAAGUAAUUAUUUUCUGUCUAUUUUUACAAAGCGUCUGGCUAAGUUGCAAGUGGGGGGGGGGAUUUGGCCAAGAGUCUGCCGCAUGACAAAGUGCUGCCUCAGCAAGAGUCGAAUCUUUAUGGCCGUCGGCUUUUUUGGGUUUGUGGGCCAUGUUUAAAUUGGCCAGUGGUGGUUUCAUUAAGUGCGAUUCUUUUGGAUUCUGGAUCAAGGAGAGGUGAGCAUGCGGCAUCACUUUUUCAAACAUAGACUCAAGAGAUUUGAAAAGUAGCUUUGUUGGCAACACAGUAGCCCUCACUUCGUUUCAAUGCCAUAAAUCUGCCCCCGGUUGUCAUGGUAAUAAAAGCAUGAGACACGACCACAUACCCAAAACAAAGUCAUUUCAGCUAGUGUGAGACGAGGGGAUGUUAGUUGUGCUCUAAUUCCUUAUCCUUGAUAUGUUUUAAGCAAAAAACGUCUCAACUUAUAUUAAAACACCUGGGAACUGUUUUAAUUUCGAUGUUUGCUCAUUUUAUGUUGUAUGGGAUCUAAUAAAGUUAGACGUGCAGCAACACACUGUAUUUACCUUCUUUUUUCUCAAAUAAACAAUUAUAGUUCAGCAUGAUUUGUCUUUUUCUUCUGAGAAUAAUAUUCAAAUAAGAUGUAACACUAUGCAAAUGGUGUGGUCCGGUGAUUUGAAUCUUGCAGGAACUGAGCUAUUCUCUGCUUCUCAUCCUUGAUUUCAUUGCUGUCAUUGCUUUUCUCUUCAGCUGUAAUUGCUUUUGUUUAUAUAGCCAUUUUUAUGAAUGUUGCCCUACCACUGGUCUGAAAACAAGACCUCAUAAUCACUUCGAAACUAAACAAAUAAUGAUAGCCAUAGUACUAAAUACGACAAUGAUAAUAAUACGGCACUGAUGACUGAUGUUGCUUUUCUACCUUCACUGUAGAUACUUAAGCGAGCAGGAAACCUCAACCAAAGAUGUUUCCCUCACACCAGCAGUGUAUACUCUUGUUGCUAACAGCUUGUAAACAUGCAAGGAUUUCAAACUCUAGUGUCACAUGCAUGAAUAAAGAAAAAAAUAAAACCCUCA